GUAACUCUGGCUCAAUAGUGCGCUUUCCACCAGCAAUUUUCGUUGUCCGUCAUAGUAAAGAGUCAUAGUCACAUUUACCAUUUAUUUUUAAUUUAUAAAUCAACUUAUUAUCGGUUUUCUUUAUUACAUUUUCUGAUAUUUGCGUAAAAUGUUGAAACUUCAACUGAUGACUGAAAAAGAUCGUCGUGAGGCAGCCUACAUUGAAAGGCGAAGAAUUCAAGAAGAGGAAAGAAAAAAGAGACUUUUCAACCCAAGGCAACGAUUAAUAGGGAUUGACACACAGGCUUUGCAAGCACAAAUUGAAGAGAAAAAAAAGAAAGAGUUGGAGGUCAAACGCAAUGAUAGUAUAUUCGAAAAUGAGUUAAAAAAGGCAGAUCAAAUAGCUAUAACUUUGGAACAAAAGCAACGAGAGGAGCAAAAGAAAUUACAGAAGGAAAUAGAAACGUUUCGCAAAAAUUUUCAAAAACCUGAAGACAGAAGAGAAUUUGACUUGAAUGACCCUAAUGGGAUUAAAAAGCAAUUGCCCUGUCGAUUACACGAUGACGACCCUAGGUUAGGCCCAUCAUCAGCGCAAAAGUUUGAGGGGGAAGAUCUGUCAAAUGAGGAAAGACUAAAGCUACAAAAAGAACAGAUAAAAGCAUGGCUUGGUCAGCAAUUAAUAGAAAGAGAACAGGCCGAAAAAGAACGGAAAAUGGCAGAAGAUGCGUAUAAAGCUGCUGUCAUCGCUCGGGAUCAACGUGCGAUAGAAUUAGAUAAAAUUGAAAAAGAAUGCAGGAAGAAAUUAGAGGUAGCAACAACAAGAUAUAACUUAGCGCUGGCUGAGCAAAAAUGUAAUACCACCAUGACAAAGAAACAGCAAACAGAAGAAGAUAACACUGCGGAAAUUUACAAUACUUUGACUAGUGACUUGCUGACAGAAAAUCCAGAUGUAUCGCAAAGUAACAUGGGUCCAGGCAAGAAAAUAGCUUACUUGUACAAAGGAAUGUCGGAAGAAGAAAAGUUGCAGAUUAGAAGAGAACAGAUAUCCCAAAUUGAGGAAGCAAGAAAAAAGAAAGAAAUGGAAGCAAGAAUGCAGAGAGAGUUUGAGGCCUACAUCAACGGAACCCAACAAACCAUUCAUUUAAUGGAUCUGGAAUUAAAGAGAAAGCAUAGAGAAGAACUCAAGAAAAUAGCAGACGAAAAUUUGAGACUGGCAGAAGAACAAAAAUCGCGCAAGAAAUUUUUGAACACAAUUGUAUAUGUAAAUAGAGCAACAGAGGACUAUUUCGAUCAGUUCAACAAAUCUUCAAGAUAAUGUUUUAUACUCUUAACAUAUUUUGAAUAAAAGUUUACAGAUUUAGUAGC